UGGAAAUCAAAUGCUUUUAAUGGUUCCCAGGACUCUGUUUGUGACCAGAGAAGCUUUCCUGAUUUUAAGUCACUUUUAACUCCAGUGAGCAGAUUUAGAUUUUGUUAUUUUUGUUUUAUUGCUUUUACUGUUAAAUGUUUUUAUUAUUUCAGGGAUUUUAUUGGUUCUUUUUUUUUUGGCAUUUAAUAGUUUCAUGAUUUAUUUUCUGUCCAGCACUUUGGUUUCUCCUGCUUUUAAAGGUGCUAUAUAAUAAAUUGAUUGAAAUGGAAAAUUGAUCAUGUCAAGUUGGGGGUGGGAGGGGCUGUAAACUGGCUAGAAAUCUCCACCGAUGGCAACAAAAAUAGAGGAUCAUUGUUGUCAGUAGAACUGUUUAUUUUACAACUGUUGCUCAUUUUUGACCGAAAAACAAAAAGAUGAUAAAGUGAGGUCAUGUGAUGGAUUUUUUUGGGACUUUUACUUUUACUACUUUAAUAUUGGUGGCAGUGACUCGAGUGGUUGAGCAAGGCAGCCAAUGAUCAAAGAAUUCAAUCUCCACUCCCGAAAUCAACCACUGCAUCCUUGGGAACGGCAACUGUCCCAGUGUGGCCCCACUGGUGGAAUGUUGGGUUUCUCCAGAAAUGUGGGCCUCAGUGGAGCAAUCUUUUGCUACAUCACCUGGACUUUCUGCACUGCAGAUGGGACGUUUAUCGCACAGCCUGCUGGCAGCACAGUGAUCCUGAACUGCAACACGUCGAUUUCCGACCUCACCCAACUAACAUGGGAACUGAAUGGAGAGCAACUGUUUGCCUUUUCAACCUUAGAUAAUGGAACAUUGCAUGAAAACCCAGCAGCUUCCAGGCUGAACGUGAGACUGAACCUGAACCAAUCGACUAUCCAGCGUUAUGCACUCAUCAUAGAAAGAACUAAUAAGUCCCACUCAGGAAACUACACCUGUGAGACGGCCACAGGCAAAGGAUUAAUAAAUCAGAAAUGGGAACUUCUCAUUACAGAGGAACCUGAAAACUUUCAGAUUUACAUUAUUGUCGCGGCUGUUGCCGUUCCUGUGUGCGUCCUGCUCUUAAUGGUUUGUGUGGUUACGCUGAGACGCUCCUCUAAACAGAAACCAAAAAAGAUUAUUCGCUCUUUAAGACCAAAAAAGCAAACAGAAGCAGUUUAUGAAAACCACUUGGAAAUUGAACGUUACCAUGAGCGUUUCAAUGUCUGUCAAUCAUGAACUCAGAGAUUUGUAGAUCUAAACUGUUUUGUUGAUAAAUGUAAAUAUUUAAAAGAAAUUCUUAAGAGAUUCUUAAAUGUUUAGACUAUUACCUUUGCAUGUAAAUAA